GGUACUUUUGAUAUAUAAUUCAGCCAUGCCACAGGAGUCUCACGAAAUCCGUACUGUAAUACGAUGCGUGAAAGAAUCUUUUCUCUGUUAAGAGAAUGUUAAUAUCUUCGUCCAUCUGAUUAUCUAAGUAUCAAAAUAUUGUGCCAACCGCUCUCGUUUGCAGCAAGGGAAUUCAUCUGUUAGGGAGUCAAAGGUUAGUUAACCUUAUGCUUAAUUUUCAGCCUACAGCAAAAGAACCCGGAACCCCCACACCACCCACCGAUCUCGAGGCUAGAUACCGUGUGAAGGUUCUCCGCCCUCGGCAUAAACCUAGCUUAUUUAAAAGCUGCGUGAGCUGAAGGAGCUCUUGGUAUUUAUUUCGGAGACUUUGAAUUGAUUAAUUGUGAUUACAUAAAUAGAUUAUCAUCGAAAUCACAACAGGACAGCGUGAGAGGGAAGCACGCAAUUCGCCGAGAGAUAUACGUGCGCUGAGAUUCUUUUGUUCCAAGGUUUCGUCUCCGAGGUUUGGGGCAAGACGCAGUGCGAGAGGUAGGGAAGAGGCGGCUUUGCUUGGUACCUGAUUGCAUUCUCGGAAUCGAUUGAUUGGACAAUUGCACUCGGGUUGCACGACUGCGAUUGCGGUAAUUGGUUGAUUGCGAGGCUGCAGCUAAAUCUAUCUGAAAGCGGAGAAAUUGCGCGGUGGAAUCGUGUAGGGUGCGUGCUGGGAUAGGACAGGAUAGGAUAGUAGGUGUUAGGGACGUUGUGGUGUGGGUAUAAUGGAGAGUACAAAGAGACCUGAUGGGAUCGAGGGGAGGAUCAAUUCGCAGUCGCAGAUUUCGUUGAAUACAAGCACGACGAAUUCGAGUUCGCAGACGGAUUUGAAUCGGAUACGAGCGGGUGCGAAUGAGAGUGCACGUUCGACAGAGACAUUACAAUUGAGACCGAAUACUCCAAAGGCAAAUAUUGAGAUCGGGUCGAGCUCGCAUAUACAUCAAGGGCAGAGUCCGAGUUCGAGUCCGCGAACAGGUAGUAGAAGUGGAAGUAGGAGUGGGAGUGUCAGUGCUAAAGGGAGUCAGAGAAUUAAGGAGGGGAAGAGACAGAGGAUUGAUAGUAUUUUGGAAGAGGCGAGGAAUAGGAAGAUUGUAAUGGAUACCCCUGGGGACGGGGAUGAGAGUCAGAAUCCUGGGAGAGGAGUAGAUGGAUAUGAGAAUGGGGAUGGGAAUGGACAUGGACAUACAAUUGGUAAAGAAAGCAGAGCGGAAAGUAGCGCAGACGAAGAAACGAGUGUAUUAAGACGCGGGCCUGAUAUGAGCUAUGGAGGUGUCGGUGACGGAACCACAGCGAUCACCGCAAGUACGAAUAAUGGAAAUAGCAGCACGAGGAGGAAAGUUGGAGCAAAGAACUCAAAUAAGAAAGGAGGGGCAUGGGAAACGGGAAGAGGGAGCGGAUCUUCAGGGACCGAGGUUGAGGGGGUAAUUGCCCAAGAUGAGAGUAGGACGAAGCGAAGCGGAAGGAUAGGAAAAUGGUGGAAGAGAAUGAUGGAGGAGUAUGGAAGUAUUGAGUUGGAAAAUAAAGGGAGUGUUGCGAGGGAUCAUUUGGCACUUGAAAGAACAUUUUUAGCUUGGCUGCGAACCUCCCUCGCCUUCGCUAGUAUCGGAAUUGCAAUCACUCAACUAUUCCGCCUCAAUACCUCAAACUCCAGUACCCCCGCCCCAUCAGACCCUAAAAGCAGUCUCCGUCAUCUCGGCAAACCUCUAGGCGCCACGUUUGUGGGAAUAUCAAUUCUCAUGCUCUCAGUAGGCUUUCAUCGAUACUUUGAAGGGCAGUUUUAUAUUAUCAGAGGGAAGUUCCCAGCCAGUAGAGGCAGUAUUGCGCUUGUGACGAUGAUUACAGGUGCGUUGAUGGUGACGAGUUUGGUGCUUGUGGUAGUGGGUAAUAGGGGGAGCUUCGAGAGGUAGAACAAUGAGGAAGCGAUAUUAGGGGACUCUCGUGGAGAGAAAUUUUAAUGAGGUUGAUGAGAAAGUGGACAUGUACAUCACGUUUUGGCUCUCACAUGUUGAUAAUUGGGGGACUGGGCUGGGCUGGGCUGGGCUUUAUCAUUUCCAGAGGUUUUGUCCUCUUUUCAUCACUCUUGACAUAAAUCAGGCAUGCGAAUGCAAAUAUGAUAUAUUAUUGAUACCA